UAACCUCAAAUGAAAUAGAAAAAUCAUAUGAAUCACGCUCGAAAUCCAAGCCCAAACCCUCAAAAAGUAGAUGCAAAAGAAAACGAAGAGCUCAGAAAGAAAUCCUUAGAAUCCAGUAAUUGUAGUCAUGGAGAAGAGCUGCAAACUUAUCACCGAAGUGAGGGAGAUGAAAACAUGAGCAGAUUAGAUGCCACCUAUGGAAGAGAAGAAAGAAAUGGGAGGAAACAGAACGCCCAUGGUGUAGUUCGAACCGCUCCGCAGAAGAAAAGCAGCCCAAAAUAGAACCUAAAACCUCCUAAAGCUAAAUCUACUUGAUUAGAAGGCCGAAACAACGUGGAGUGAAUAGCCAGCUUCCUCUACCGUGGAGAGUCUACCGCUGAACACCGCCGCCCACCCGCCCACUACUCCAGGUUUCUGUUCAUCGCUGUCUAUGGCGGCGUUUCUCCAGUUAGCAGCGUUAGACUUAAGAGCUGCCGCUGGCCGCCGUCUACGUCGUGAUCGUUCCAUCUGUGGAUUGAGACGGAAGAUUCUCGUAAUCUCUUUCCUUACCGUGGCCAUCACUGGCAUCCUAACUAUCACUCUCCCUUUUUAUCUCUCUUCUUCCUCGACUCGGUCUUCAUCCACCGUCGCCCUAGCCAAUUUCUCCGUCCACAGCUCCCCUCUCACAUUUUCGGGGAAUAGAAGUUCUUCCUUGCUACCCUACUCAGCCAAUUCUUUAGCAGAAGACACUGUUACCCCUCGCUCUGCUCUUCCAAUCACGAAUUUUGAUGCCUCUGAAGGGAAGUCUGAUGAUCUUCACACGAAUUUUAUAUAUCCUUCAAAUCCAAAGAAUCAUUCUACAGAGGUUAAAUCUAGCGAGGGUAAUAUGAAAGCAUCAGCUUAUUCCGAGACCCAGAUGCACUUAAGAUCUCUACGCCCUGAUGAGGCACUUAUUUAUGCUAAGAAAGAGAUUGAGGAUGCUCCUCUUGUCACUAAUGAUCCAGAUCUUUAUGCUCCAUUGUUUUUGAAUGUUUCAGUUUUUAAGAGGUGGCGAAGGCGUCUUAUAUUUUUCAAUAUUGCUUAAAGUUGAUAAGUUGUGGCAUUAAACCAAGAAGGAAAAGCUUUGUGGGGUUCGAAAAUGUUUGACGAUUGUUCAAGGAAAACAUCAUAUGGGAAGAAUGAGUUAAAAGUAAUACUUCAGCUUGCACAGAUUUUUAAGGUUCUCAGCCUAUUGAAUUAAUGUCUACAGUUUGGGUACGUGCCAUACAGAAAAUAGAGUAUUAAUCUGACUGUUGUAUUCUUUGAUAGCUGUGGAAAUUAUAUUGGUAUAGCAUCUGCAAUCAUUUUGUUUU